GUGUAUGUAUAUAAAUCAAAUAAUUUCCAUUACUCCGUACUUCUUCUCCAUCGCCGUCUAAAAACCCUAAUCUCACUCCGCCUCCUGCGAGAUCCAUCAACACUCCGCAAAAAUGAAGGUUGUCGCUGCGUUUUUGCUCGCCGUCUUGAGCGGGAAAGCUUCCCCAAGUAGUGGCGAUAUCAAAACUAUUCUUGGAUCAGUUGGUGCUGAGUCAGAGGAUGCUCAGAUUGAGCUGUUGUUGAAGGAAGUGAAAGGGAAAGAUUUGGCGGAGGUUAUUGCAUCUGGAAGGGAGAAGUUAGCUUCAGUGCCGUCUGGUGGUGGUGGUGGUGUUGCGGUUGCUUCUGCUCCAUCUGGUGGAGGUGGUGGUGGUGCUCCUGGUGCUGAGUCCAAGAAAGAAGAGAAGAAAGAAGAGAAGGAAGAAUCCGAUGAUGACAUGGGUUUCAGUCUAUUCGAGUAAGGUGGUAGCAUAUGAGUUCUGGUUUUGUUGUCAUCGUUUUAUAUUGUGACCUUUUGAAAUCUAUAUGUUGUUGUUGUUGUUGUUUAGUUUGUAUUCGAUCAUCUUUUUAGACAUUGCUGAAAUUUUCAAGAGAUUUUGACCCAAACAUCCUUUGUACUUUUUGUUGGCUUUUGGCUUAUCGCCUUUGAGACAUUGCAAUUGGUGUAACAUUGUUGUCACUCUCGAGCUUA